AUGGGGCCCCGGGCAAUAGGGGAUCAUGGGGCCCCUGUGUCCUUUCCCAAACUCAAAAAAGCCCAUGAAAAAGGUACCAUGGACAUCUCAUGGGGCCUUCUACUGACCCCGGGCCCUCGAGCAGUGCCCGAGUUUCCAAAUGGUCAGUCCGCCGCUGGUCGCGGCAAAAUUGACGCCUCAUGUCGAGGGCGGACUGACAACUUAUGGGGCCCCCUGGGCAAUAGGGGAUCAUGGGGCCCCUGUGUCCUUGCCCACACUCAAAGCACACCCAAUAAAGCCUAUAUAAAAGGUACCAGGGGCAUUUCAUGGGGCCCCCUACUGACCCCGGGCCCUCGGGCAAUGCCCGAGUGCUCAAAUGGUCAGUCCGCCCCUGGC